AGUGAGGUUAUGUUCGUCGUUGGAAGUUCUUCAGAAGUGCCACGAACCCAUCACAAACGUAGUGGUGUAAAAAUCCACUUGCUCCCCUUUCAAAGAGGUUCUUCCCCCCCGAAAACAGGUUAGUUCAUCAGCUAAAUUAUCUGCAAACUCCUGGAUUUCGUAAUCUGUUUCCAAAAAUCAGAGUUAAAUUAAAAUUUUCGAUCAUAAACAGCUCUCGGGGUGUGACAAUACAGAGUGUUGAAUGAAUUAUUGUGUUGUGUCUCAAUUGGUGGACAAUAGAACCUGUAAAUAUGAUAUACUUGCGACGAGUCAAUUGACAGGAGCCACAUCAUCUGUCCUUGAUAAGAAGAGACCAUGUAAUCAGCUGUAACUGACCGAUGUUUAUACUGCACAAGGAGAAGAUAAUCCGAACGACGACGUGAUAAAUAAUGCUGAGAAUUGGAGGUAUAAAGUCUUGACAAACACUGCACGUACAAAUUGGCUUGUAAAAUGGCGAGGGAGUUAUUUCUACUGGGAGUCCUUGUGGUUGGACAUGUAGCUAGAUGUUCAUUUGGAUCAGCAAGUGAAGAUCAUGUCGAAUACAUGAGUAGAGAGGAGCGAGAAUCCCUCAAGGAAGAGACUCGUGAUAUGUUUUACCAUGCUUACAACGCUUACAUGGAUAAUGCCUAUCCCGCUGAUGAACUUAUGCCACUCAGCUGCAAGGGAAGGUACAGGGGUUCUGAACCGGACAGAGGGGAUAUCGAUUCCACUCUUGGGAACUUCUCGUUGACUCUAGUGGACACUCUAGAUACCCUGGUCGUCCUGGGAGACUUGGGAGAGUUCGAAAAUGCUGUGAAAUUAGUUAUUAAGGAUGUCAAUUUCGAUACUGACGUGAUUGUUUCAUUAUUUGAAACUAAUAUUCGUAUGCUAGGGGGUUUGCUGAGUGCUCACAUAUUAGCUGAAUAUCUCCAGACACGAGCAGACAUAAUGCCCUGGUACAGAGGUGAACUAUUGAACAUGGCCAAGGAUCUGGGCUACAAAUUUUUACCAGCAUUCAACACAACAACUGGUAUACCGUACGGUAGAAUCAAUCUGAAGCAUGGAAUGAAGGGUGUGCCAGCUGAAAUGUGCCGUGAAACUUGUACAGCAUGUGCUGGUUCAAUGAUUCUCGAAAUGGCUGCCUUGUCAAGAUUAACUGGUGAAUAUAUUUUCGAGGAGAAAGCACAAAAAGCCAUGGAUGCACUGUGGCGAGUACGGCACCGGGGCACUGACCUCAUGGGAUCUGUUCUCAAUGUUCAUUCUGGAGAUUGGGUGAGGAGGGACUCAGGAGUUGGAGCUGGAAUUGAUUCUUAUUACGAGUACUGUCUCAAAGCGUAUAUUUUAUUAGGAGAUGAAAAAUAUCUAGGACGAUUUAAUCGUCAUUAUCAAGCUAUUAUGAAGUACAUCAGCCAAGGCCCAAUGCUUCUGGAUGUUCACAUGCAUCGCCCUAACACCAAUUCCAAGAACUUUAUGGAUGCUCUUCUAGCCUUCUGGCCAGGUCUGCAGGUGCUCAAAGGUGACCUAAAACCGGCUGUAGAGACCCACGAGAUGCUCUAUCAAGUAAUGCAACGUCACAACUUCAUCCCUGAGGCCUUCACAACCGAUUUUCAGGUCCACUGGGGUCAUCAUCCCCUCCGUCCCGAGUUUCUCGAGUCAACUUACUUUCUCUAUCGAGCAACUGGCGAUCACUACUACUUGGGAGUGGGUCGUAAAGUACUCAGAAGCCUUCAAACCUAUGCUAAAGUGCCUUGUGGUUACGCAGCAGUAUCAGACGUGCGAACCAACAAGCACGACGACACAAUGGACUCCUUUGUCCUCUCAGAAACCUUCAAAUACCUCUUUCUACUAUUCACAGAGACCAAUGAUCUCGUUCUAGAUCUGGACGAGUUCAUAUUUACGACUGAAGGCCACCUGUUGCCAUUGACUCUGGCAUCAGUGCGGCCAAAUGUCUCUUCAGAGCUGGAUGUCGACACUGUUCAGGUCCAGGAAUUGGACAGAACUUGUCCAAAUAGUCUCCACUUGUUUCCAGCUUCAGUGAGACAGCCCCUCAGGAACAUGGUUGAAGACGUUUGUCCCAGGAGAAUAAUCAAAAGAAGACUGAGUGCCUUGCAAUUUCAGGCAAAUAAUCUGGAGCACUUGAAGAUCCUCAGCAACAUGGGAAUAACGAUACUGACGUCUGCUGAUGGGAGAAUACAACUGCUUCAUACAUUCUCCAAUGCUAGGACUGUUCAGGAUGCUGAGGAGGGGCUCAUGUUUAUGCAGGAAAUGGUCGAGUUGAAUAGAAGACAGACACAAGAUGAUGGAACGAGACCUCAGACGGUUACUUUAGUCAAGGCGGAUGGCAAAGAGAUGAAUCUCAUAGGGGGUCCAGCUCAGUUUGGACCCAAAUUGAGGGGGGAAAAGAAGAUUGUGGGGAAACCUGUACUUGUUGAACCUUCUCAAGCCUGUGAGGAGAUCACCAAUCCGGACAGAAUCGAGGGUAAUAUUGCCUUGGUCACCAGGGGUAAUUGCAUGUUCGUGGAGAAGGCGAGGAUUGUGCAGAAGACUGGAGCUAUUGCUGGAAUUGUUCUUGACAAUGGUGUGGGUUCGGGCGCUGGGGGUUCCUCCUUGUUCUCCAUGUCGGGGGAUGGAAGUGUUGAGGAUGAUGUCAAGAUUCCAUUCGUUUUCUUAUUUUAUGCUGAGGCUAGUGAACUUGUGAAAGCUGUCUUGGAGAGCCAGGGAGAUGUCACAGUUACGAUAGGUGACUAUUCAGGUGAUGAAAGUCAAUUGAAAUCUCCAGGGGACGAUCAAUCAGUGUUCGAGAGAUUAAAAAGUUCAGUGAAGGAAUUCUUAUCUCGACCAAUAUCUACCCAGAGCGAAGGGGUGCUACCAUCCACUUCACCCACCCCUCAACGGCCCUCCAACGACGAGCUCCUAGUUUUUCAAAAGGGUCACCUGAGGGCCGCAAUCCUGAAAGUAACUGAUAGUCAUCAGCUCGUGAACCCCAACUCCAUGGUACGAUUAUCAACAAGAUCCAGUACUCCACCACUAGUUGUCCCAGUCGAGGAGAAUUCCUCUCUCUUCCAGAGGGCGUGGCGUGAAGUUAAACAGGUUCUCGUCAAUCAGAUCCACGCGAGCACCAAGACACCCCCCAACGAGGUCAUUCCCCUCAGUCAGAUUAAAUUCUACUUCGAUUGGCUGGCAAAACAGCGAAACAACGAGGAUACAGUGACCAGUGAAGAUCUGUCAGGCUGGAUGCUUGUCAACUGGUUUCUCACUGAGCUCAGCGAUACUGCCCCCAAUCUCGACAUUCCAGACUCCAAUGAAAUACUUCCAGCAUCGAAAUCCCUAGCGAUGAGGUUGACAUCCCUCAUACUGAGGGCUAAACAAAGUGAUGAGGAGAUAGGAACACUCCUUGAAAUGAUACAGUCAUUCAAGGUCUAUGGAAGUGUGUUGGAGAAUAUUCGGGACAUUCUGAAGAAUUUGAAGGGUAAAUUCAAAAAAGCCUCGAUGCACAAUGAGGAGAAGAUGGUGCCCAAAGCAUUCAUUGAGAAAUUAAUAUCUGAGACUACAAAUCAGAAGGAUGGAGAUCAAUUCAUUCCUGAGGAUAUGAAAAGUGAAGAAGAUGGGAUCGUCGAGGCUGUUGAGGUUGCGGAUGAAGGGGUAAGUUCUGAUGAUACUGAGGAGAGCAAUGCUAAGGAGGAACUUUAAUGCCUGGGGAGAGGAGAAUAGAAAUUCAACGUUUUUGUGAGGUAUUUUGUAGAAAGAGAUGGUCAAUAACUAUCAUUAUUAGUUAUGACUUGAUUAUAAAUUCUGAUUUUUACAAUUAUGUAAAUGCAUUUUUGUUUUUCAUCUGUAUUUUGCUGGUUUAUAGAUAGGAAAAUUGUGGAAUUGUACAGAGAGAAUUUUGAAUUCAAUCAGUGUAAAUAACAAUGUUUAUUGAAUAUGUGAAACUGAUAAAUCAUUGCCAUUAAACUACGACUGUCGACGUAAUUAUAGCUCGUAUAUUUUUUUAUUUGCAGAGAAAAUGGUCUGUAAAUAAUUGAAAAUAAUCAUCUUGUCUACCAUUGGAUAAUUAAAUGACAUGAAGAGAUAUUUAAUUAUUUAUAAAACUUGAGUAUCUCUUUGUUCCAUAUAAUUGUAAUAUUCACGUGUACAAAAUGAGUAGAAAUUUAGGAUAAUUGUCGCAGAUCGAGUGGAUGUCAAGUGUAAAAUGGUCAGUUUUCAGUUUUGAAUGCAUACACGAUUCAUUGUUAGAGUGAUUUCGAUGUAUAUUGCCGUUAUUGUUUAUGUAAUAUGCAUUUACUUCAGAUGCAUACCUUGUGAUUGUAAUAUAAAUAGAAUGUAUUAUAACAGAUACUCAAAAUUUACAAAUGAAAGUUGAGUGUAAUUUUUGGUAUGGGAUAAGGAAUUGUCUGGUGAUCUGGAAAUAAAGUUUCUGUUACAAAAUA